UGUUUGAUCCUUUCAUCUCUGCCCCUCCUCUUUCUUCUCUGAUCCUCCCCUUCUUACCUCCUGAUAAGACAUGAUGUGGAGACACACUGCACAUGCCCAAUUUGGUGUGUAUUGCUAGAGGUUUUUUUUUUUCUUGGGAGGGUGCAUGUGAUCAGCAUAGGGCCAAUCAGGACUGUUCAGACAGAGGUCAGGGGUUCUGCAUCCUCUUACAGCAGAAAAAAACUCCUCCUACAAGCUUUAACCAGUGUUCAGCUGGACACUGAUAGAAGUCACAAGACUACUAUAUACUGCUGAUGAGAAAAGGUAUUUAGCAGUUAUAUUUACUAA